AAAGGGUUUAAAUGCUGCGUUUAAUUUGGCUACGGUUACGAUUUGGGCAAGGGACUGCCGAAGGAUGGAUGAUACUGUAAUGAUGUAACUGGAAAAAAAGAUGAAGACCUGAGCUACUUCUGCAAACACUGUGAUGGAGACAAUGUUAUCGCUCCACCUGCGAUCAUCAGGGCGUCUGCGGAGGUUUGGGCGAAGGACACGAACCUUGACUCUCAAAGCUUGCUGCUCUUCCAGGCGACUGCAAAGAGAUGAAUCCCCUGCAGCUGUCUUUCCUUGUGCCGCAGGAACAUCUCUGUGUGAAGAUCUCUGAGUGCAUCUCUGACUCCACCUGCUGGAUCAACUGCCUCAGCCCCCGACGUCGUCUCCUCCCUCCGACUCUGAAUGUGCGGGAAGAUAUUUAUCAUCAGGAUCUUCCAAGUAUGUGUGAAACUCGCCGUCUCUCCAGCUUGACCUCGCUCCGUGCGUCGCUCCUCAGUUCGGGAUGAAGAGUUGAAUCGCGGAGGAGCUCGAUGGGAAGGAGAUCGAUGACCAUGAAGCGUCGCCGAUAAAGAGCCCGCACAGGUCGGACUGAAGCCGCCGGGAGACCCGCACUGUUCCCUCGGUGACCAUUCUGUGGAAAGAAAGAAAACCACAACCCGAUUCGUUCAACAGAGAAGAUGAUGACGUCUGACGCCAGCGACAUGUUGGCAGCCGCCCUGGAGCAAAUGGACGGGAUCAUAGCAGGCUCCAAGGCGAUGGACUACACCAACGGGCUGUUCGACUGCCAGUCACCCACGUCGCCUUUCCUCGGCGGCCUCCGCGUGCUGCAUCUGCUCGAGGACCUGCGGGCGGCGCUGGAGCUCAUGGACAACGAGGAGCGGGACAAUCUGCGCUGUCAGAUCCCCGAUUCCACCGCGGAGGGGCUGGCGGAGUGGCUGCAGGGAGGAAUGACUAACGGUCACGGCCCAGAGGCAGUUUACCAAGAGCGUCUGUCACGGCUGGAGAGCGACAAAGAGUGUCUCAUUCUCCAGGUGAGCGUUCUGACGGACCAGGUGGAGGUGCAAGGGGAAAAGAUCAGGGACCUGGACACUUGUCUGGAGCAUCAUCGGGGGAAACUGAAUGCUACCGAGGAGCUCCUUCAACAGGAGCUGGUGAACCGCACGGCGCUGGAGACCCAGAAGCUGGAGCUGCUGACCGAGGUGUCGGGCCUGAAGCUGAAGCUGACGGCCGUGGAGCGAGACCACCGCGACAACGAGGGCUUGUACCAGGAAGUAACGGACCUGCGCUUCAGGGUGACGGACAUAGAGAAUGAACGACUGCAGAGCGAGAGGAAAGUCAAAGCUACCAAAGAGGAGCUGCAGCUCCUGCAGACGCAGCUGGAGGAGCGAGAGCUGGAGCUGAGGGGGCUGAAGGUGGAGGAGCAGAGCCGAGCCGAGCGAGGAGACGGAGAUUCAGAAAUGUUGAAGAUGAAGCGAGUGUUGGAGUCGCUCACGACAGUCAACGAUGAGAAGGAGAAACGGAUCAAAGAGCUGGAGGAGUCGCUCACCAAGUGCAGGAACGUACAGGAGCUGGAUAAAGAGAGGUCGAAGGACGAUGACUACGACGACAUCCCAGAUGAUCCCCGGAUUCCUGUGGCCAUGGAGGUUGAGCAGGUCGCCGUGGCGAUGGAGGGGGAGGCAGGAAGGAGCUUUGGCGAAUCAAUCCCGUGUAUAGCAGUUCUCUCUGAGAUGAACGAGCUGGACAGAGAGCGACAGUCACAGGCAGCAGGGAGCUCGACCAAAACCAGCAGCGCUGACCAGACCACUAACAGACCAGCGCCCGGUUCUUCCUCCCCGACCAGAUCACACGCCCCGAGCGAGGACAGUUUCGGCACCAAGAAGAUCCGCUCUUCUUUCGGCCGUGGAUUCUUGAAGCUGCGCGGAAUCAAGCAGACGGCCAGCGCUCCGAACCUGGCGGAGACGGAGCGUAAAGGCACAGAUCAUCUGGACCUGGCCGGCGUUCCUCCACACAAACCCCACGACGGCGCUCCUCUGCCGUCCUCGCCAGAAACCAAGAAGAAGUCCAAAGGCUUCAGGAGGUUCUUCGGCAGGCUCAAGAGGAGUCACUCCACCUCCUUCAACCUGGACGACACAGCCGACGUGGAGUUCAGGAGGGGCGGAGUCAGAGCCACAGCCGGCCCCCGACUCGGGUGGUCGCAUGAACAUAAACACAACGCUGUCGACGUUCCGUUCUCGCGGUGGAGCAGAGACGACGUCUGUGAUUGGCUGCACGAGCAGGGCCUCGGGUUCUGUGCCGUUCAGGGUCAGAGCUGGAUCAAGUCGGGACAAAGUCUCCUGCAGGCGUCGCAACACGACCUGGAGAAGGAGCUGGGCAUGAAGCAGCCGCUCCACAGGAAGAAGCUGCAGCUCGCCUUACAGGCGCUCGGCUCCGACGACCUGGAGGGCAGACUGGACCACAACUGGGUUACGAGGUGGCUGGACGACAUCGGCCUCCCGCAGUACAAGAGUCACUUUGAAGAGGCUCGUGUGGGCGGACGCAUGCUGCACUUCAUGACGGUGGACGACCUGUUGUCGCUGAAGGUCGGCAGCGUCCUGCAUCACCUCAGCAUCAAACGAGCCAUUCAGGUGCUUCGCCUCAACGCCUACGAAGAAAACUGUCUCAGGCGACGACCGUCAGACGAGAACAACAUCACCCCAGCUGAGGUCUCCCAGUGGACCAACCACAGGGUGAUGGAGUGGCUCCGCUCAGUGGAUUUGGCCGAGUACGCGCCGAACCUGAGGGGCAGCGGCGUCCACGGAGGACUGAUGGUGUUGGAGCCGCGCUUCAACGUGGAAGCUCUCGCUCUGCUGCUCAACAUCCCCCCCAACAAGACGCUGCUGCGACGCCACCUGGCCACGCACUUCCACCUGCUGGUCGGCUCCGAGGCGCAGCGGCUCAAGCAGGACUGUCUGGAGAACCCCGACUACACCGUCCUCACCGCCACGGCCAAGGUCAAGCCUCGACGCCUGUCAUUCGGUGGAUUCGGAACUCUGAGGAGGAAACGCCAGGACGACGGCGAGGAGUACGUCUGCCCCAUGAACGUGGAAAUGCCCAAAAGCAGCAGCUUCCAGACGGGAGCGCGACUCUACGAGGAAAACCUCGACCACCUGGAGCAGAUGGACGACUCCGAACAGGCGGUCCGACAGAUCGGAGCGUUUUCCGAGGGAAUCAACAACCUGACGAACAUGCUGAAGGACGACGAGUUUUUCCAUGAGAACUCGGCCGACGCCGCAGAAACACAAGACAUUUCCAACAUGUGAAGACAAACGUUAGUGAGCAUGUCGUCCGACCAGCCACACAUAUAUUUAUUGAAGCAGUCAAAUAUUAAUGCAUGAACUUAAAAUGCAAAACGUUGCAUCGAUGUACCUCCUCCUGCAUUUAGUUUCUAUUAGUCAAGUGUUUGUGUGGUGACGAGUGAUCACUGAGAUGAGGAUUAAGUGUUUAUUCACGUCCACAACUUCAGUCAAAUUACAUCAGUUCUCGUUUGUUCAGGUGUCAGAGAUUCGUCUCCUUCACUGUCGUCGUGUGUGAUGCUCAUCUGCUUUUUGUUUCUUUUUCCGUUAAGUGUUUGGUUGGACACCAUGUUACUGUUCCUCUCUUUCUGUUGAAGGUUCUUCUAGAACCUGGAUGUUGCUGUGAGCAUCACACACACGUUACAGCUACGUAGGUCGAGACAUCUCAGAAAGCAAAACCAAUGUGUAGUCGGACAUUUUGGGAAACUCGCUCUCACACCAGGAUGUAGGUUCAAAGACUAAAAACCAGAUGAUUGUUCUAUGAUCCGAAUUAACAUUUGUUUGUGAGGGUGGGCGGGGCUCAGCAUGUCUGUCUUCAGGUAGCUGACCACUACCGACUGAUGAGUCACCUACAUGUGACAGAAGUCAGACUGUACACAGCCUGACUUCUGUCACAUGUCGGUGACUCAUCAGUCUGGGGUGUAAGAGGGGGCGUGGUCAGCUAACUAUAGAGCGCCGUGCUAAUCCCUCCAUGUCGGAGUCAGUUUCCCAAAGUGUUGAACUGAAUCUGCAAGAAGCCAAAGUCAUUGUUUCUACAACGAAGUUACCAAACAAUUUUCUCUUGUUACUCUGCAUUGUUUUUAAAUGUUUUGGUAAUAAAAAUGAAAUUUAA